UCGCUCCCUACCGUACUAUGGCCUUUUAUAUGUAGGUCUAGUACCUGAGCAGUGAACACGUCAAAAUUUUGGCAAGUCGUCUCGAGCGUCUGGCCUAUGUCACAGAAAUAUGUUCUAUUACAUUUCAUUCUUACGGCCACCUCCCACCCAAGCCGCCUUAUCUGGCGAACCCAUCCUCAUCACCCCUCAAAUCGCCAAUGAUCUACGGACAGAGUAUUACACAGAUGUCCAAGAUAUAUUCUAUUCGUGGUUCUUGCAUUCACCCACGUCAAGCACAGUAAUAACAAAGCCCAUGAAGCUCACGAGCUGGAGGGCAUCUACGAUGUACAAGGAAAUACCCGUCCCACCCCCUCGAAAUGUCCGCAGUGGAGAAUACUGGCGCAUUGUCCUUAGCUCUGGAACAUCACGAAAAGAUCAGGUACUUUCCCUGAACGAUGAAAAUCUGGGGCACCGGCCGUUCCCCGUCAUAUCUGAUCCUAUAUUUUUCUCCGCUCGCUCAAGCAAGGCUGUAAAGCAAGAGCGAAUUCAGAGAUCAUAUACGUUAACUGCGACAAAUAGAGACCAUCCCGUGAUAUUUCACAUCGUUGAGCAAACCUCCUUUGACCUUGACAAGAAAAUAUGGGACAGUGGUAUCGGCCUUAGCUCUUGGUUAAUACAACUUCACUCUGGGAUGGUUGCCAACACUGCCCUGGUUUCAAAGGUGAAGGAUGCACUCUCCGCCUCAAAGUGCAAUGUUCUCGAGCUCGGCGCAGGGACAGGCAUAGUCGCCAUCGUUCUUGGCAUUUUGCGAGGCUUGCCUAAUUCUCCUGUGACGUCAGGAAAAAUCUUAACCACCGAUUUGCCCUCUGCUUUGCCUCUAUUACAAAGCAAUAUUAGUUCGAGUCAAUCUCUCUACCACCCUGGAAACGCACCCGAGGGCGUUGUUCUCGACUGGGAUGAACCUGACAUAUCCACCCAGGUGGCAUCAUUCGUCAGUGGCAUCGAUGUGAUUGUGAUGGCAGAUGUUACAUAUAACACUGCAUCGUUCCCUGCACUCGUCGGAACACUCUCCAGGCUUAUCAUGUUUUCAAUGGGUGUCACACCAGCAAAACCUCCACUGAUCAUUCUUGGUUACAAAGAGCGAGAUGUGGCAGAACGUACUCUUUGGGAAAUGGGAGAAAAAAUCGGCAUCCGUUUUGAGGAGAUGGCACAAAUUCCUGGAGCGGGGGGCACACCUGUUGAGGUUUGGGUGGGGACGGUGUUAGUGAAUACACAGUGAGCAUACGAUGUCAUAAUCGGGAGCGACAUUAGUCAGAUCCGCGGCGUGUUGACUAGCUGAGGUAUGAAACACUCUUGCGGACAAGUACAGGUGGCUAGAAUUAACAGAGAAAAAUGCAAUACAAGAAAUGCGAGGUAUGUAGUACUGAGAUAGUGUUGAUGAUGGAUAUCAGAUCUGUCAAAGUGGCGGAAGGGGCCUAC